AUGGGUACUCAUGGUGAGAUCCACAACGACAACAUCAUCAAGGCAACCAUGGAGGAGCUCACUGAAGAGGAGCGCAAGGCCUACCUCAUCGCUGAAGAGCACCUGAAGGAGCAGUUUCUUCAGGGAUUCAAGAAGGAGCGAGGAGGCCUAGUCAAGAGGGUCGGGGAGUUUGUGAUGCCAUCGUUCAAGUUAAACCAAGACAAGGUCGAGGUACUUCCUAAUGAUCCCUCUGAAUUAGUUAAGCAAUUCUCUCUCAUGGUAGAUUCGAAAAUAUCUGCUGCGCAAGUAGCUUCGGGAGAGACUCUUGCUGGGCUUAAUGAUGAAAUUGCAGCGCUCAAAAAAGAUCGUGGCUCAUCCACCAUCCAUGUGCGAUUCUCACUUUCCCCUCCCGUCAUCGCUUCCAACGAUCCUCGCGAGUCACAAUGCAGAGCUGCAGAUGGCGCCGCUUCUCCACCUCCUGCCAGCCUGGUGAUAGCCUCCCGCCGAGUAUCCACUUAUCCGGUGCCCUCGGGUCCUCCUCACCGGCACCUUCCCCGACCGCCCAUCUCCUGCGGCACUUGCCCGGCCAACGACUGUUCCUCCCCGCCUCCUGCCACACGCCUCUCCGCGCAAGCCCUGCCGCUAGGGCGCCGCUUCUUUGCUCCUACCGCCCCGGUGAGAGAAUCAUCCGCAAGGUUGAGCUGGGAAAUGGAUUUCCUUUCUGUUGAAGAUAUGAGUGAUGUACUUCCUAUGCAGCUGCCUAAGAGUGUGGGACAUGGAAUGACUGCAAACAUGGUCCAGGCAAAAGCAAGGUUCGGUGAAACAAAGCCACCCACACUUAUUCUAUGUUCCAUAACUUGUAUAUGACAACGAGCAGAUGAUCUGACGAUGAGCAUAAAAGCGCAACUUAAUUGGAGAUGUUCUGUA